AUGGAAUUUACGGCCGAAGUCGACGCCGACGUUAGCCUGCGUGCACAUGCCAAUCGACAGGCACACAAAUGGAGAGUGGCCGUAACUUCUUACGCUGCUGAGACCCAUCGUUAUCAUUACGGUGUACCUACUCUAAAAUUUGCUCCUGAUCUCCGAGUCCGCAGCGGUUUUGGAUGGCAAGAUAUCAAAAACAUGCGGGAACAGAUCAUGCGCGUCAAAAACUCGGACAGCGUGCCAGUUCUGCUUGUCGGCAACAAGGUCGACUUAGAGCAUCAGCGAGAAGUGACACGAGCUGAAGGAGAGGCACUAGCACAGAUCUGGAGAUGUCCCUUCAUGGAGGUAAUACUGCUUGUGAAUCAAACCUACAGUUUCGUAGUCAAAUAUGAAGUUCAAGCUUCAAAAACAAACUUUAUUGAUAAAUCGUCAUAAAAAUUUGUGGAACAAAUAGAGGUUAAUAUAUGAUAUAUUUUUUUUGAGGAAAAUGCA